GCUAAAAUUACUACUGCUAGCGCGCUUGUCGCUCAACCUCUCGUCGCUCCAUGGGGUCGUUUCCGUCGGCAGCGGCCAAGCCCGAGGUCAACCCUGCCGAGGCGGCAACGACCAAGCCAAAUGCGAAGAAGAACGACAUGAUGUACUUUGCGACCGAGCCCAACACGGUGUGCUACAACUACCUCAAGGCGAUGCCGCUCCCCCGCGUCCUCGAGUUGGACGUCGGGCGCCGCCUCUUUGCGGCCCACUGCGCCGAGAUUAAAAAGCGGGACGUGGUUCACGUCUACUUUGCGCUGCAAGCCAAGUGGCAAGCGCUCAAGCAGCCGAGCAGCAGCAACAACAACAACAAUAGUAGCCACGACAGUAGCGGCGACGAGCUCGGAUUUGACCUCGGGCGGCUCGAGGCGGCCGUGGCCAGCCUCGCCAGCACGACGAGGCUCUCAAACGCGACGAUCGGCCUGCUCCGCAUCGGCCUCAACGCCAACGGCUCGUUCUCCAACGAAGAUGAUCUGCUUAACAUGAUGGACGAUUGCAUGAAGGCGCUGCGCCUCGUCGAGGCCGAGCACUGGCCGCGCUCAAGCGCUGGGCGCGAAUUCAUGGGCAAGAUGCUCAAGUUUGAGCUCAUGCUCCGCGACGACAUGGCCAUGUGCUUCUUCCACCAAUUCCUCGUCCAGGAGUACUCGUCCGAGAACCUCGAGUUUGUCGAUACCGUCAACUCGUUCGAUGACAACUACGACACGUUCUCGGAGGACGAGCAGGUCGCGGCUGCGGCGCGCAUCCUCAAGCUCUUCGUGGACGAGAACGCGCCGCUGCAGAUCAAUAUUCCGUCCAAAAUCCGAGUCCGCUUGGAGCGCAAAGUCAUCAAGGACAAGGAAGCGCCCAAGGAUUUGUUUCGCGCGGCCAAGAGCGAGAUCGUCGCCCUCGUGCAGCGGGAUUCGUGGCCGCGCUUUUUAAAAACACCCAACUGGGCCGCGUACCUCGACUACAACGAGGUUGCUGCACGGACCGCGUCGGCCCAAGCGCGUCAUGACAUUUACCUGGAUUUCAUUGGCGACGACGACUUGAGUGCGAUUUUAAGCCACGAGCUCGGCCGCGAGUACCUCGGCUUGUACGUGGCCAUUAUGGCACUCAAGCCCGAAGGCAGCGUCGACUUUCUGCACCGCGUCACGACCUAUGGCAUGGUCCAGAACGAAAAGGAAGCCGAGGAAAUGAAGCACGAAAUCUUCGCGCGGUACUUGGGCCCCAAUGCGAUCGCGCCCGCGCGCUGCGUCCUGCCUGCAACGAUCGCAGCGAUCGCAGCGCAGCUCGAGACGCACAAGGGGCCGACGCUGUUUGAUAUGGCGGCGACCCAAGUGCGAAGCUACCUCGAGGAGCAGAUGGUCCCGCAGUUCAAGCGCAAUGGCAUGUACGCCAAGUACCGCGUCUUGGUGGGCCAGAGCCAGCCGAUCAAGAGGAAAGGGUCACUUACCCAGGCCGUCGACAAGCGACCACGACCGCUCUAGCCUCUCUAAAUAUGGAUGCACUUAACCACCAUGUCGAAAGAUCCGCGUGUAAAACAUUCAAAAAGACAAGCAUGGGUACUGUUCCGCC